AUGGCCAGGGUUGUACGGCCUCGUGGGCUCAAGGCACAGGUGCAAGCGGCGGUGAGUACCCACCAAGGUUCUGCAGCAAGCAAUAACAAAACAACAGAAUGUGCGUAUUACGACGAGCUAGAGUUAAGUGGCACCGUUGGAAUGUUUACAACGCGACAGAACAGUGCUGUACCAGGUCAGCAGGCCACGAAGACGCCGUCCUUUCUUCCCGAUCUCCCCCGAGUCACAAGUAAAACGGAAACACCACUGCAUACAACGAGGCUGGAAGAACAUCUCAAAAAGCGACUCGAUGAGAGAGACAAGCAAAUCUCUGUCUUAACGGCAGAAAACGAAGAGCUUACAGCGCAUUGUGCGACUAAUAGGGCCAUUAUGGACGGUCUUCAGAAGGAACUGGAGGAGCUCACUGCACAGCUCAAGGAGAAGACACGCCAGCUGGUUGAAAAGACUGGCCAGCUGGAGACAGAACAAGUAAUUACUGCUGAUCUUCUGAGCAAAUUUACAGCCCUUCAGGAGGCACAUGACACCCUCCAGAUUGAAAAUUCCAUCUUGCGGAAAAAACUUGAAGAUCUGACCUCAUCUACCAAAUUUGAUGGAGAUAUUUCUACGGGGCUUACCACCCAUGAACUCAGUGGACCUUGUAACGCACGCAGUAUCCAUACAAUGCAAUCUAUCGCUAAGCGCCUGUCUCUUGACAAGGAAGAGACCACGUCACAUAACUCAUCUUCUCAAAUAUCAUCUGAUAGAUUAUCUGAUAAGUUAGUCCCCCACUCAACUAGCAGUCCUGAGGAAUGUGUAGAGUCUUACAUUGCAAUUAGUCAAGGAGCCACAGACCCUGUCUUUCUCAACCCCACUACUGGCCUACAUGCUAGCGUAAGCAAACCCAGUGACUUUCUUGGCGGAUACCCUGACGAGGGACACCAGAGGCGACAGCGAGGAACAAGUGCACAUAAUUACACAGCAUACCUGGAUAAUGUUGAGGACCUAGAUGAUCUUGAGCUGGACGGUCAGGAUGAUAAUACUAAUAUUACUGGAUCUUAUGCAGACGAGCUAAGGCCCACGAGAGAAGUGGUUGAUAAUCCAAAAGACAACUCAACAGGACACGGCCUUCCGUGUGAUGAUGCAUCAUACUCGGAGGUGUACUGUUCCCGCAGCAAGUCUCGCAACACAUCCCUAUUAGGUGACAUGCAAGAAUCUUUGCUAAAUGGCUCCUUGAGUCCGCAUGCAAUAUCGCACGCCGCAGAACUUGAACUUGUUAUCCAAGAAAAUGGCUCAGACGACUGUGUUCAGGCUUCUCACCUGAGUGCAUCACUGAUGAGAUCUCAUAGCUUCGCCAACAAUUAUGGUAGCAACGCAGCAAACGACGGCGAAAUUGCAUGUGCCAACACGGAGGAGAUAUGUGUAGGGAGAGCUGAUAAGCAAAUGUCCCAGGGUGAGAACAGCAUCAACUCAUCAGGACUUGAUUCUAUGAUCCUAGGGACCAUUAAACAAACAAUAGACAAUACUACGAAAAACAUUUCUAAAGCAGAAGUAGAGUGCACACAAGACAAUGCACUACACAACGCAGCAGAGACCACCGCAGCAGAGGAAGACGAGGCGGGUCUGGUAACUAAAGCAGCUGGGGCAGGUGUUGCCUUGGAAAUUAUGUUCGAUGAUGCACCUAAUAAGCAGAUAUCGGUAGCUCGGAAUCAGAAGCUGUUAGAGGCUCAGAAUCAACGCGUGCAGCAAUUCAAGGAGCGGCGUGCACAGAUGCGGCAACGUGAGCUUGAGGAGGCAGCGGAACAGAGCGAUUUGGUACAUUCGAGAAGUUCCAGCAGCAUACUUGGGUCGCCAGGAAGCAACAGACGUGGCGUCCAUCUCAACAGACGAAGCGCACGGCCUCGAGAAAAGCAGUCAUCAGCAGGAAGCUCAUAUCAAGGUUCAUACCAAGACACCCAUGUUAGCUCUAGCACGACGAAUCCUGACAGAGAGUCCGGCUCUUCUAAAAGCUACGUUGGGAGGCGUAACAGCUUUAGUGUACAUGCCAACUCUGGAGUAGCAAGCUAUUUGGACAGCGAUAGCGGUGUCAAAGAAGGUGGGGCCGAGGGCACAGAGCUCGUCUACAAGGUUGCCAAUAGGCCAACGAAGUCUGCGGUUCAGCAGGAAUCGCACUUCAUAGAGUACCUGCCCCCUGCGAAGUUUGACAACUCCAGUUUUGUGCAGAAACUCAUUCUCCACAACCUUCUCCCAGGGACUGCAAAUUACGAAAGGAGAAUGUUAGCCAUGGAUAACGUGUCUCGGGAACGUGGACACCUGCUUCUUGUGUUUAGAGAUACGGAACGUAAAUCGUAUCACUCAUGUGUUAAGGUUGACGAGCUCAGCGGUAGUCUCAUUAAGGUUGACGGGCCCGACAACAUGCCAAAUGAGCUGGCCCAGAGCAUUAUAGAGUCUAUGCUAAAAUACGAUAGCAGCUCACGCUCUUUCCUUGUUGUGGACCAGCGGCAACUCUCGACCUUGGUGGUGGCCAUAACACUUAAGGUCCGGCGUAAGAAAGUCAGUGGGCGGUAG